AUGGCGGUGGCUGAGACACAGCUGUAUGCAAAGGUGUCCAACAAACACAGGAACAAAAGCACCUCUUCCCUCCUUGAGUCCCUCUUAGCCAAAGGAUUCCCAGCUCAUAUCGCGCAAAAAGCCUUGGCUGCUACUGGACAAAAGACAGUGGAAGAUGCUGCAAAAUGGUUACACUCCCACUGCAAUGAUCCCUCGUUGGAUGACCCAAUCCCUCAGGAGUAUGCUCUUUACUUGUGCCCCACUGGCCGCUUGAAUAACUGCUUGCAACAGUUUUGGAAGGAGAGCAAGCACCAGUGUGGGAAAAACAGAGCCCAUGAGAUUUUUCCACACAUCACAAUUUGUGAUUUCUUCACGUGCGAAGACCAGAAGGUGGAAUUAUUGUAUGAGGCCUUAAAGCGAGUGGGUGAAAGUUUUUCACAGUGCUUUCCAUCAUUCAUUUCCCUGUCACUACAUUCAUCCACCAGCUACCUUGGUUUCUUUGUCGGUGACAGCCAUGCAAAUAUCCUCAAAGAAUUUGCUAUGGCGUUCUCUGCAGAGGCUUCAGCCUUAGCGGAUUGCCACGUGAAACCUUGCCAAAAGCAGGUCCAUCUGACCUUGGCUCAUAAGUUUUAUCCUCACCAUCAGAAGACUUUGGAACAAUUGGCCAAAUCCAUCAACCCAGCAGAGGCCUGCCAGUGGGUAGCUGCUCUCUACUCAAGGGAUAUGCGUUUUGUACAUUACCAGACUCUGAGGGCCAUCUUCCAGUAUAAGCCCCAGAACAUCGAUGAACUAAUGAUAAAUGCUGGGGACUUCAUAUAUGUUGACCCAACACAGCAAUCUGAUGUGAGCGAAGGCUGGGUGAUCGGGACCUCGCAUCGGACUGGCUGCAGAGGUUUUCUUCCUGAAAACUACACAGAGAGAGCCAACGAGUCAGACACUUGGGUUAAGCACAGAGAAUAUGCUUUUGUACCAGCUUCGAGAUUUUUCACCCAAGCUGAUAGUGAACCUAAUGUAAAGCUGAAUGGAGAAGCCCAUAAUCCAGUUAUGUCAAGAAGCGUAACCAACAUACUUUCAGUUCAGCUUUCUCAGAACACUACUCUCCGAAGAGGUAUGCUGGUGAUGCGUCAUGGUGAAAGAGUUGAUCAGGUUUUUGGGAAGUCUUGGCUUCAACAAUGCUUAACUGCAGACGGAAAAUACCACAGAGCUGAUCUGAACUUUCCUUCCACCCUCCCAAAACGGAGAGACAGCAUGAAGAAUUUUGAGUACGAUCCUCCUUUAUCUUGCUGUGGUAUAUUCCAGUCAAGACUAAUAGGGGAAGCUCUGCUGGACCAGGAGGUGGCAGUCAGCUAUGUGUACUCAUCACCUGCGCUCCGCUGCAUACAGACAGCUCAACACAUACUGGAAGGGCUUAAAUUAGAUCAAAAAGUCAAAAUAAGGGUGGAACCAGGACUCUUUGAAUGGACAAAGUGGGAAGCAAGCAGACUGAUUCCUAACUUUAUGACUGUGACAGAACUGACAGAGGCCUCUUACAAAAUAGAUACAAGUUACAGGGGUAACUUCUCAGUCUCUUCUCUGGUGCCGUCAGAAAGUUAUGAAGACUAUGUAAGCAGAAGCUCCACAGUUAUAAAACAGAUUGUCACCGCCUGCCCCAGCAAAGGUGUCAUCCUCAUUGUGGGCCAUGGCUCCUCCUUGGCAUCUUUCACCCGACCUCUCGUAGGGCUCCCAGCCAGAGAAAGCAGUGACUUUGCCCAGGUUGUCCGAAAGAUCCCUUCUCUGGGCAUGUGCUUCUGUGAAGAGCUUAACGAGGAGAACAAAUGGCAGUUGGCUAAUCCACCAGUGAAGACGCUAACUCAUGGAGCAAAUGCAGCAUUUAAUUGGAGAAAUGGCAUCCUGGGUGAUUAGAAGCCCAGCUCUGUCUUUGAAAUUGUCAGAAAUGAAACGACAAUUAAUUAUUUGGCACAGUCCAGGGAUUCAUUCACAAUACAACUUCUGGGAAUUACUCUUUCUAAGUUGUCUAAGAACAAUAAGUACUUCUGAGUUUGGUGCCUGAAUAUAUUUUUUUAUUUCAGUGACUGAGAAGAAGGAAAGUAGGAACUGGCAUAAAAUUGAGCAAUAACGCUUCAGAAAAUAUAGGAUAUAGAAUUACCUGGUUAUAAAUUCCAUUGCAAUUCUAUUCCAGGCACAAAAGAAAACUGUUGCAUUUUCCAAGAGCAACAUACAGCCAAUAAGAAUUACUUUUUUCAUGCACUUAGAAAUUUUCAGACAAACUGAGAUAUUUGAACUGAAAAAAGUCAUCUAGACCAUUCUCCCAUUGGAAGAGGAGAUCGACGGUACCUAAAGCCACUUGGUUUCCUAUUGACUGUUCUAGUUCUGUGAGAGGACGGGAGGAGAAACAUCAUACUGAUUAUUUAUUUACCUCCUCUACAAAGGCGAUUCAUUUUCUAUCACAGCAGCUUCUCCACUCACUGAUUCUGAGAUGGUUCAUUUUGCAAAAUGGACUCAAUGAUUUCUUUUCAUAGAAAACUGAACUGAUUGCUUUAAUGUUGCUGAAACAAACAGAUACCUGCCUUGUUGUACUAGUUACAAAACCCAACGUGAGCAACUCUAACGGCUGAAUGUUUCCUGAGAUGGCACUUGCAAGACAACAGCUUUAUUUUGUGUUGUUCUAUGCCAAAUUAUAUAAAUGGUGAUACACCCAUCAGGAUGGUUCACCUGGAAGGCUUUUCUCUUGGUUAUUUUUUUGGUUAAGGAAACAUAGUCCCAAAAUCUUAUGCACAAACAGGAACAGGUCUUUUCACUGGUUCAGAUUUUCUUUAUAAAUGCUCCUCUCAGACAACUACCUCUGAGAAAGCACAAGCAUUUGUUUCAAGGAGAGGA